CCGCCGAUGGUAAUAAAAAACCUUGAAAUACAGCCUUGUUCAUUGAACCAUGCACUGAAACGGCUAACUUGAAGAUAUCGCAAUCUCGUGAUUCUAAAGACGGUUGUCAAUUGUUUUGUACGAAUUGUGUGUGCGUUCUUUCUUAAAUUGAAACAAAAUACAAUCGCGGCGAAUGUAAAUCCGAUUCACUCAUUUUAAACACAACUGUGAUGGUGAUGUGAAUCGUCUAUUUUUGACAAGUGCUAAAAAAUAACUGAACCAUUUACUAGUGAUAACACUGAUAUCUUAUCACAAUAGAUUAUGUGCACAAGUGUUAAAUUUGUACCAUAUAAUGGAAAAAGCAUUACUGAGAGUGUCAGCCGGACAUGUCUAGACAGUAACUAAUGGAACGAAAAGAAUUAACAUUGAGUUUUCAUAAUUUAAUCAAACGAGAUGAGCAACUGUACGGAUACACAAACUACGCGAUGGACACUCCAACACCGACAGUGGCCGGAGACUGCAUACCUGGCUUGUUCCAGCGUAUGGACUCCUUAUCCCCAGGAAUGGACUCUGACUUCGAUGAGAGUCUGGCGGUGCCUGAUUCACUCUCCGUCAUAGAUGUGGAUAAAACGGAUAAUAAAGAAACUGGCGAUGAUGGAGAAAUAGCAACCUCCGUCCCAUUCAAGCAGAUCCACGAAACACCUAUGAAAUUCAAUGCUGUGCAUAGAAAAGUAUUCAUUCCCGGUGUGGAGAUACGGGUCAAAUUCGUCGAAAACGAAAGGAGUGUUACCACACACUUGCUUAAUCCUAACCUAUACACCAUACAUUUGCAACAUGGUGACUUCACCUGGACGAUCAAGAAGCGUUAUAAACACAUAUUAUACCUGCAUCAGCAGCUGGCCUUAUACAGAACGUCCCUCAACAUACCUUUCCCAACCAAAACUCAUAAAUCCAGACGAGCUAGCUUCAAAAACACAGUCAGUACUGAGGAGAAAGCUGAGAAGAUGGCGCUGCAGGCACUGCCUAGGAGUAACUCGAAGAAAAGGGACGGCAGACCUAGGAAGAGGAAAGGUGCUUUGCCCAGGUUUCCAAAGAAACCUGAAGUAAUGAUCACAUACGAGGGGCUCCAGCUGCGGAUGAAGCAACUUGAAGAAUACAUGUUCAACUUGCUAAACAUAUCAAUUUAUCGAAAUCACCACGAAACGGUAAAGUUCCUGGAAGUAUCCAACCUGUCUUUCAUCAGCGAGCUAGGCGACAAAGGGAAGGAGGGCAUGAUUGAGAAGCGAACCGGCUCCACUCAACCCGGCCAAGCUGGUUGUAACUGCUUCGGUAUGCUGGGGAACACUGUCUGCGUCAGAUGCAACUACUUCUGCACUGGCCUAGUUUGCGCGAAGUGGCAAGAACGGUGGCUAUUCGUCAAGGACACUUUCUUCGGCUACAUCAGGCCUCGGGAUGGCAUUAUCAAAGGAGUCAUGCUCUUUGAUCAGGGCCGAAGGACAGUGAGUACUCAGAAAAAGUGUAGGGAGUCCCGAGACUUCACCGCCCCAAAUGUCCACCAUUCCUUCGCGCCAGCCAGGCGAGCCACACCUGUAGCUACUUUCGUUGAUGGCUCCUCUUACAUGUCAGCGGUCGCAGACGCCAUGGAAUCAGCCAAGGAAGAAAUCUUCAUAGCCGACUGGUGGCUCAGCCCUGAGAUUUAUAUGAAGAGACCAGCACUCAAUGGAAACUACUGGAGGCUGGACACCAUUUUGAAGAGAAAGGCUGCUCAAGGAAUCAAAGUAUUUAUUAUGCUCUACAAGGAAGUAGAGAUGGCACUUGGUAUCAACAGCUUCUACAGCAAAAGUCGCCUGGUCGGGGAGAACAUCAAGGUUUUCCGUCAUCCAGACCACGCGAAGGCGGGCGUGUUCUUCUGGGCUCAUCAUGAGAAGAUUGUCUGCGUGGACCAGAGCGUCGCGUUCGUCGGCGGCAUCGACCUCUGCUACGGUCGCUGGGAUGAUGAUAAACACAGGUUGACAGACCUCGGCAACAUAACGCAGCCGGCAAACGCUAUACGAAUGAAGAAAAAGACCUCUAGCUCUCCAGGCGGUGGCAUCUGUCUGCCCUACUCCAACGGAAUCGAGGCCGCUUUGGAACUGGCCAAGAGCUCUAAAGACAUCGUGAUCGGGUUGAAUGACAUGACCCCCAUAGAAACUACAGCAGACACACCUAACGGGUCAACAGGCGAGGAAUCCCAAUCCGAAUGCGCUCCAGCCAACCUACCAGUGCUAGAACCUGGAGACCAGCUCCUCAUCAACUCUGCCAAAACCCAAACAACUGAUCUAUCCAAGUUCGAAACACCUGAAGUCCAAAAACGGAACGUGCUCAACAAAAUCACUGACAGAGGCAAAGACAUCAUCAGUAUAAUCUACCCUCCGUAUGAAGAAGAAAGGAACGAGCAGAAAUUUGAUGAUUCUGAACGAAAAAAGGCCGAAAAGUACGCUUUAUCCAACGACCAAAUAUUACUAACUGACGCGUUAGGGUUGACGCCAAAUGCAGUUAGUAGAGGGGUCAGUCAGCCGACACCUUUAGCUCAAGUGGUGGAGGGAAGGGUGAUCACAGAAAAAACUAAAGAGGCAUUGGAGGACGUUGAAGGAAACUCGAAACUGUGGAUCGGAAAGGACUACACUAACUUUAUCGUUAAAGACUUUAAUAAUUUAGAUCUGCCUUUUGUAGACUUAGUGGACAGAAACACAACGCCUAGAAUGCCUUGGCACGACGUCGGGGUUAUGGUGCAAGGCGCGGCUGCGAGAGAUGUUGCGAGGCACUUUAUUCAAAGAUGGAAUGCCAUAAAACUCGAAAAAGCAAGACAAAACAUCAGUUACCCGUACUUACUUCCAAAAUCGUACACAAACAUCAAACCACUUCAAGAUCUGAACCAUAAGCUGAACGUAGAUAUCAACAAUAUGACAUGCCAGGUGCUUCGAAGCGUUUCCAGCUGGUCCUGCGGUUUCUUAGACCCGGAUACAGUGGAACAGAGCAUCCACGAGGCGUACGUGAAUACCAUCACCAGCGCGCAGAACUACAUCUACAUAGAAAACCAGUUCUUCAUCACACUGUCGAGAACCAACCCUAAUGUUAGGAACCAGAUAGGCGAAGCGCUGUUCAACCGCAUUAUGUCAGCGCACAACAAGCAGGAAACGUUCCGGGUGUUCGUGGUGAUGCCUCUACUGCCUGGUUUCGAAGGCGAGGUGGGCGCGCCCUCCGGAACCUCAUUACAUGCUGUCACUCACUGGAACUACCAGAGCAUAUCCAGGAGCAAAGAAGCCAUCCUCACGCGUCUCUACGAAGCCGGCAUCGAGGACCCGUCCCAGUACAUAACGUUCCACGGCCUCCGAACGCAUUCCAUCCUGGAUGGAGAGCCUAUCACGGAACUGGUGUACGUCCACUCCAAGCUGAUGAUAGCCGAUGACAAGAUCAUCAUCUGCGGCAGCGCAAAUAUCAACGAUAGGUCUAUGCUGGGGACGAGGGACUCGGAAAUCGCUGUGUUGCUUGAGGACGAAAAAUUCAUCGACGGGACCAUGAACGGCAAAACCUUACCCAGCGGGCGUGUCGCGGGCGCACUGCGCAAGCGGCUUUUCCGGGAACACCUGGGACUACUGGGGGAGGACCUGGACUACUUCGGGAUAGACAUGGACGACCCCUGCUCUGACGAGUUCUAUAAGAACGUUUGGCAGGCCACGUCGAGGAGGAAUACCGAUGUUUAUGAAGAGGUAUUCCACUGCCUCCCCACCGACUCAGUCCACACGUUCGCCGAACUAAAGAAAUACCAAGAAGAGAACGGCCGCGGGCUUUGGCAUUCUGACCGCGCGCUAGCUAACAGAAAAAUCGACCUUAUACGCGGGUAUUUAGUCGACUUACCGCUUAUGUUCCUGUGCAACGAAGUGCUGACUCCGCGACAAGCUUCGGUGGAAGGCAUGAUGCCUACAGCUUUAUGGACGUAGUAUUUGGUAUACAGGGUGUGAAAUACCCUUAACGGAGCCUGAAAUUACGCUUGAUGAUAGGAAAAGAAGUCGUUUAAAGAAUAAUAAUACAAUUACUGCCGGUAUUUUUAAGUAGUAGACAAAUAAAUAAAGAUUAAGGAUAUUGACAUUACUUACUAUAUUAAUUUCAAUCUUAAAAAUAUUAAACUAUUUUCAUUAUUUAUCUCUGCAUUUUUAUAAGGAAAUUAUAAAUUUGUGACAUUACUAUUUUUGAAUUAAACUCAUCGAAUUAUUGAUAAUUUCAUAGCUAUUGAAAAUUGGAUUUAAAACAUAAAUGUAUUCUUUCCAUGAUACUUCUAUUAAUUAAUAAUUGAUGUCAACAUCCCUGCGUACAGCACUUACACACAAAAACACAA